AUGGCAAAGAACAAGAAAAGCGGCAAAAAGUCCAACAAGAAGCAGCAACAGACGCAGGCACCACCAGCUCAGCCCGAGAUGCACCAAGAAGCCUUGACCAACACCAACACGGACAAGACCUGUCUGGAUACCAAGAAGCCCUUCUUUUUCCGAUAUUUUUAUCAGUACAAUUUGUGGACGGGAUUGUACAUGUUGAAUCCCUCAGAACGAGCCGGAUUCAAUUUCUUUGGGUUGCUCUUUACUUCUUGCGUCAUCAUGUACAUGUACGACUUUUUCAAUGGAUUCCGAGACGGAUUCAACCAAUCUGCGGCGAUGGAAGGAGGAGCAGAAGAAGCUUUGAUGAUGAGCUAG